GCGACGGGCGGCGGCCAUGAGGCGACCGAACCUGCUCAUCACCGGCACGCCGGGAGUUGGGAAAACCACGCUGGGAAAGGAGCUGGCGUCCAGAGCAGGGCUGAGCUACGUCAACGUGGGGGACCUGGCCAGGGAAGGAGAGCUGUAUGAAGGCUUUGAUGAGGAGUACGACUGCCCCAUUUUGGAUGAAGACAGGGUGGUGGAUGAGCUGGAGGACAGGAUGAGCCAGGGAGGGGUGAUUGUGGAUUACCACGGCUGUGACUUCUUCCCCGAGCGCUGGUUCCACAUCGUGUUCGUGCUCCGCACUGACAACUCGUGUCUGUACGACAGGCUGGAGAGCAGGGGCUACACGGGGAAGAAGCUGCAGGACAAUAUUCAGUGUGAAAUUUUUCAGACUCUGUAUGAGGAAGCUGUGUUGUCAUAUAAAAAGGAAAUUGUACAUCAGUUACCCAGCAACACUCCAGAGGACCUAGAGAGGAAUUUGGAUCAGAUUAUGCAAUGGAUUGAGCAAUGGAUGAAGGACAACAACUGACUUUUGGUGAAACAGUAACUGCUGGAUCUCGUGGGAGGGAGGGUUUAAUAAAUGAUAUUCAUCAUUCUUGUAUUAUAAAUGAACAUAAAUUUUGCUGUAACUGGCUAGGGAGUAGAAGAAGAUUCGGAGCGGCCAGGUUGUCAGGAUUUGUAACAGCACCCUGAGAGGCAACAGGAGAACUGAUACAGGUGACUGAAAGGAUGAAAAUGAGGCGUUGCUACUCAGGGUGAAAAUGGUGCUACUCAGGUUGCCCUGAGUAUCAGGAGCUGUGUUCGGCCACUGAGAAUUCCUUGGACCUUACAAUUAAAACCAAACCAUGAAUUCCCUGCAAGAAAACUGUAAAAUUCUGGUUACAGGUGGCAGUUGAGGCACUUUUGAUUUCCAGAGGGUGGAGCAGUGUCCUGUAAGGGAGUUGGAUUGAUGCUGAGUUGUGGGACUAAAACCUGCUGUGCUCCACUGAGGCCUUGGGCAUGUGAGGGUCAGAGUGAGAAGGUUUGGUACAGGCUGAGGUGGGUCCUUUGCUUUGGAGGGAAAAGAAGUGAUGUGAGAGUUAACUCUAAAAUGAUUGCACAGAGCUUUGGGGAUUCCUUCAUGUGUAAGGAAACAUCAGCUGUGUGAGUGCUGGUCUGGCGUGUUUAACAAUAAACUUAAUUUUUCCUUUUU